AUACCAUGCCUCACUUCCUAGUCGAAUCCACUGAGGUACAUAAUCCACACUUCUUUUCGCUCCCAACACUUGGCUCGCCGUUCCUUAGAAAUUUCAUGCUGGCCGUACAGCCGCAAGUGGUCACUUACCUUGAACUUUGGCAUCCAAAAGUUCUGACCAGAUCAUUUUUUCAGCAACGAGAAAACGCAGAUAGCUCUCUUUCCAAGUACUCCUCCGACAAAUCGAGUGACUCUACCAAGAUUAUACUAUCUGACGACCAUCCCAAGCGCCUCGCCGCUCUCGACCCCUGGAAAGACUGGGAAGAGAUGGUGAAAACCUUUAUGAGCUACAACGUAAACGAGUUCAUUGCCAACAUCAUGUACUCCGUCAUCCUUCUCCUCGUCGACAUGAACCUUAUCGGCCUCAGCGCCACAAACAAAAUAUUCAACAAAAAGCAACAACGCUUCGAGGAUACUCGCGGCCUUCUUCCUCUCCGUUUUCGAGUUUGGACCGAGCAGUCUCAUCCACGGCGAGAACAUGCGUCGGGUCAACGCCCUCCACAUGCGUCUCGCUAGACAGCACCCGGGUAGCUGAGAUCGCUAUGAUGACUUUAUCGAGCCCUGCGCCGUCGUUGCGGUGCAGAUGCACAACAUGAUGCGGGCCUGCCAGGGUACCCUUCUCAUAUGAAGCGUGCGUGGU